AUGGACCUGUUUAAAAGAGAAAAGGUGAAUUUGGAUUUAAAUUAUGAGAUAACAUUUUCGUGUUGCAUAAAAGAUAUUUUAUAUGUUGGAAGUAAGGAGGGUAUUCUAUAUAAAUACCAACUAAUAAAAGAGGAGGAGAAAACAAGUGCUGAUAUUAAGAAUGAUUAUAUAAAAAAUGAAAAGUUUAAUAUUGAUAAUAAUGUGGAAGGAAGUAUAAGAAUAAAAUUUUUAGGAAAUUAUUUAAUAAAAAAAAACAGAACAAUUAAUAAUAUAACAAUUGUAGAAGAGAAAGAGAAUAUAAUUAUAUUAAUUUUAAUAGAUGAUAUAUUAUAUUGUAUUAAAAAUGAUAAUUUUGAUGUUUUAAAUAUUAUAUAUAAAAAUGUUUUAUUAUAUAGAAUAAAUGAAAAUAAUAGUAAUGAAUUAUUAAUAUAUACAAAAAAGAAGAGAUUAUAUUUUUAUAAUUAUGAUAAUAGUACAUAUAAAUAUUUAAAAGAAAUAACAAAUCCAUUUAAUGAUUUAAUAUCAUGUAUGGUGUGGAUUAAUAAUUCUUUAUUUUUAACUAUAAAUAAAGAAUAUUAUUUUUUAAAUAUUAAAAAUAAUGAAAAAGUAUUAUUAUAUAGUCAUGAAUAUGAACAGACAUAUAAAAAUAUUACUCUAAUUGAUAUGCAUGAAAUAUUUAUUGUUUGUGAUUUAAAUAUUGGUGUAUUUUAUGAUGUCGAUACUUCUAUGCCUUCUAGAAAAAAUACUAUCAUAUUAAGUGGAUGUGUAAAACAAAUAAUAUCUUUUCGUUUUUUUUUAUGUUGUUUAAAUUUUAAAGGAGUUAUAAAUAUAUAUAAUAUAAAAAAUCAACAACAUAUACAAGAAAUCUCUUUAAAUUAUAUACCUGAUAUUGUUAUUAAUUUUACUAAUAUAAAAAAAAUAUAUAGUGGUCUUAUCUCUUUAUUUAAUGAUAAUGAUGAUGAUGAUGAUGAAGAAGAUAAGGCAGAAAAUAUUUUUUUAUAUAAUCAAAAAAAUAAAAUUAAAUGGACAUCAUCUGAUAGAGGAAUAAAAUUUUAUGAAGAAAAAAAAAAUAAAGGAUUAUUAAAAAUGGAAACUGAAGGAAUAUUAUCAAAAUCUUUAGUAAAUGAUUUUAUAUCUGGAUUAUCAAAAAAUGAUAUAUAUGAUCAUAAUAAUAUCUUAUAUAAUAAAUAUUUAUAUGAAAAUAAUGAUAUAUAUACAAAUAAUAUAAAUAUAUAUAAUAACACAUUAUAUAAUAAUCUCUAUUUUAUUAAUAAAGAUUGUUUACAAGUUCUUAGUUGUUUAGAAAUUUAUGAAUACUUACCACAAUGUAUUGAACAAGGAAAAACAAAAAAAGGUUUUGUUUUAAUAGAAAAUUAUGCAUUUCAAAAUAAACAAGAUAAAUAUGAUAUCUUAUGUGAAUAUAAUAAAGCAUGUGCAUAUCAUUUUUUUAAGAAUUUAAAUUUCUCAGUCUCUUUCAUAUUUUUUCAUAAAAUUAAUAUUAAUAUAUUUUUUCUUUUAUACUUUUGGAUCGAUUACUUACCUUCAUCUCAAAAAAAUAUUAUACAAAAAAUGAUGGAAUAUAAAGUCAUCCAAGAAAAUAUUAAUAAACAGUUUAAAUGCUUUUUGCCCUUCCCUUCUAGUAUCAAAGAAUUAAUAGAUAGGAAUUAUAACAACUAUAUAAAGGACAAGCCAGAUUAUUACCUGUCUGAUUAUAUGUUCAACGAUUUUUAUCAUAAUAAUAGUAAUAAUGAUGAUGAUGAAAAAAAUAAUAAUACUUACAUUAAUACUAGCACAUAUGAACAUAAUACAAGUUCUUUUAUUUCCUCAUCUGAACAAAGAGACAAUCAAAUAAAGAAAAAACUUUUACAUACAGCCAACAAAUGUUUAGUAAAUUAUUUAUUACUCAAAAGAGAUUAUCUAUUACAAAAUAAAGAUAUGUAUAAAUUAUCAUAUAAAAAAAAAAAUCAUAAUUCUAAAGAUUUCAUUGAUAAUGAAUAUAUAAUAGAACAAUGUAUAGAUAAUCUACUAAUAAAACUAUUGACCAUAAAUAAUUAUAAUAAACAAUUUUUUCAUUUUAUUAUGGAAACUAAUAAAUUACAUAUAGAUCUAGAAGAAUGUAUACAAUUCUUAAAAAAAGAAGGAAAAUUUGUAGAAAUCAUUUUUAUAUAUAUACGAUUAGGAAAUUUUGAAGAGGCCAUUGAAAUAUGUUCUUAUUUUUUUCAUUAUUACAAUGAAAAGUAUAAUGUUAUUAAAUCGACAGGGGAAUUUAAUGUAUAUCAAUAUGAUGUAUGGCACGAAGGAAGUAAGAAAAAAACAAACAAAAGUGGUGAUAACAACAAAAGUGGUGAUAACAACAAAAGUGGUGAUGAUAAAAAUUUUUGUUGUGAUAACAAAGAUGAUGAUAAAUAUAUAUACAAUGAUAUGCACCCCAAAAAAGAAGAAAAUAAUAUAUUUACUUUCUUCAAUUUAAAAGAACUGAAUGAAGAAAAAUAUUUGAAUUGGAUAAAAAUUUUUGAGAAAGAAAAUGUAGAAAAAAAUAAUGUAUCAGAUAAAGAUAAUAAUAAUUUUCAAUAUGCAUUACAAAAAAUAUAUAAUAUUCUUAUUAUAUUAAAUGAUAAUAUACAUUUAUUAAAUCUUCAACAAGAAAAAAUUAAAAAAUUAUUUGAAUAUGCAUUUCCAUUCUUAAUAAAAUAUAAUGAACAUUUUUUCUUCCAUUUUUUAAAAAAAAAAAAUAUUUUAAUAUCUCCAGAAGAAAUUAUAACUACCUUUAAAAAAAUGAUACAAAUAGAUAAAGAAAAUUAUAAAAUCAAAUAUUAUUUACAAAAAUAUAUUAUACAUUAUUUAAAACAUGAUAAAUAUAAUAAAAAUAUAAAUACAAUAUUAAUAGAAUUAUAUAUUAACAAUGCAUACACAAAAAAUAAUAUAAAACAAUUACAAAUCAAAUUAAUAAAGUUUAUGCAGUAUGAAUAUCCUAUACAUAUAGAUUAUAUUACACGACUUAUAAAAAACACAUCUUUCUAUUUUUUGAAGGUCCUACUAUAUGGAAAGCUACACCGUCACUA